AUGGCAAAAUCGAAGGGCCAAAAGAGAAGAAGAGAGGCCGAGGCCGCGCAGGAUCAGCAGAAUGCUGUCUCUGACGAUCAAACGGAUCAUCCCUCUAAAAGAACCCGGACUGAGAAGAGCAGAUCUCUGUUCGUUAGGUCGCUCCCAGCAGCGGCUACCCAAGAGACGUUGACAGAGUUUUUCUCACAACAUUAUCCUGUCAAGCAUGCUAUGGUCGUUACUGACAAAGCUACUAAGCAAUCUCGUGGCUACGGAUUCGUUACAUUCACGGAUGCAGACGAUGCCCUGGAAGCCAAGGCAAAGCUGGACAAUGCGCUUCUGGACGGGCGUCGGCUCAAACUAGACAUUGCCGAACCUCGUCAGCGUGCCUCUGGUGCUGCCGGCCCAGUUGAAGUUCGCUCUCGUCUUUCUGAGGAGAAGCAGAAACGAGAGGCGGACUUGGCGGAAGCCCGCAAACCAGCGAAACUCAUCAUUCGCAACCUGCCUUGGAGCAUCAAGUCUUCGGAACAAUUGACCAAACUAUUCCAAAGCUACGGAAAGGUUAGAUUUGCCGAUCUCCCACAGUCAAAAGGGAAGCUCUCUGGAUUUGGGUUCAUUACCAUGCGCGGCAGGAAGAAUGCAGAGAAAGCUUUGGAAGGCAUCAAUGGCAAGCAAGUGGACGGAAGAACUCUGGCAGUUGACUGGGCUGUUGCCAAGGAGGAGUGGCAGCAACAUCAAGGAGAUUCUCAGAAGGACGAAGAGUGGGAAGAUGUAGCAGACGAAGAAGCCGACGGCGACCUGCCAAAGAAGAAACGGACGGAGGCGAAGACCCCCAAGAAAAGCCCAGAUGAGGAUGAUGAGGAUGCAGACCUUGAGAACUUCAUGCGCAAUCACAUGGAGAACCUUGAAGACGAAGAGGAUAGUGAGAAUGAGGAUAAGGAGAACGAGGAUAGCGAAGCAGCUGGGGAUACCCCGAAAGCAGAGAAACCGAAACGCCUGACGGACAACUCAACAACGGCUUUCAUUCGCAACCUCCCUUUCACUGCAACUGAUGAAACACUCAAGGCCCAUUUCACUCAGUUUGGAGCCAUCCGGUAUGCACGUGUUGUCAUGGACCGUGCAACUGAGAAGCCGGCUGGCACAGGCUUUGUUUGCUUUGUCAAAGAUGAAGACUUCAAGGCCUGCUUGAAGGGUGCGCCGCGACAUCAAUCAGUCAUGACCAAGUCAAAGAAACAUUCCGUUCUCCAAAAUGAGACUGUUGAUCAGGAAGGUAAGUAUACAAUUGAAGGCCGUGUGCUGCAAGUAGCUCCAGCCGUCAGCAAAGAAGAAGCUACACGGCUGUUCGAAGAGGGUCCAGGAGGCAAACGAAACCAAGACAAGGACAAGAGGCGGAUAUACCUAUUAUCUGAGGGAACAAUUUCCAAAGGCUCUCCACUCUACGAUUUGCUCUCUCCAAACGAAGUCAAGCUUCGAGAGGACAGCGCUAAGCAACGUAGAAAGCUUAUCCAAGGCAAUCCAAGUCUCCAUCUAAGUCUCACCCGCUUGGCUAUUCGCAACAUCCCACGCAACAUCGACUCCAAGGAGUUAAAGGCCCUAGCUCGAGAAGCCGUUGUGGGAUUUGCCAAAGAUGUCAAGGAAGGCAAGCGACAGCCUCUCUCGAAAGAGGAAAUGAACAGAGCUGGUCAAGAAGACAAGGAAGCCGAACAUCGGCGCAAGGAGAAAGGCAAGGGUGUUGUGCGCCAAGCGAAGAUUGUGUUUGAGACAAAGGAAGGCUCCAAGGUUGCCGAAGAGACUGGUGCAGGCCGAAGCCGGGGUUACGGCUUUAUCGAGUACUCGUCUCACAGGUGGGCGUUGAUGGGUCUUCGAUGGCUGAAUGGACAUGCUCUCAAGAAUGAAGCUGGGAAGACAGUUCGUCUUGUAGUCGAAUUCGCCAUUGAGAAUGCACAAGUUGUGGCUCGCCGGAAGGCUGCCGAAGAAAAAUUUCGACAACGCGAUUCUGGAGCGGGACAAGAGGGUUCCAAAGAGCAGGAAAGAGGGACUUCGGCUACCUCUAAGAACAACCGCAAAGGUGGCAAGGGCAGAGAUGCAAAGUCCGUCACUAGGUCAGGAGAGAAAACGAUCGAGACGAAGGACGAGGGAAAAUCGAAGGACGCAGUUACCAAACUUGCCAUGCGACAAAGAAUCAUUGGCAGAAAGAGGCUCACUCGCAAGAAGAAAGCCCAAACUCGUCGUGGUGCCUAA